GAAACACGUGUUUCCGGUUUUCUACUUCCACUCUGCAAAAAAGGCUAUUUUGUAGACAAGUUCCUUACGAACGGAGUGGAAAUGGUUCGUAAAUUAAAAUAUCAUGAACAGAAGCUGUUAAAAAAAGUUGAUUUCAUCAACUGGGAGGUCGACAACAACCUCCACGAGGUUAGGGUGUUGCGGAGGUUUCACAUCGAAAAGAGGGAAGACUACACCAAGUACAACAAGUUGAGCCGUAACAUCAGAGAUCUGGUGAAGAAAAUCAGAGACCUGGAUGAGAAGGAUGGCUUCAGAGCUCAGAGCACACACCAGUUAUUAGAAAAGCUGUACAGCAUUGGCCUCAUCCCCACCAGACAGAAUCUGGCACUCACAGAGAAAGUCACAGCUUCCUCAUUCUGCAGGAGGCGGCUGCCCUGCAUCAUGCUGAGCCUCAGUAUGGCUCAGAACCUGAAGACGGCCAUUACUUUCAUAGAGCAAGGACAUGUGCGUGUUGGCCCAGACAUUGUCACAGACCCAGCGUUUCUAGUUACCAGAAAUAUGGAAGACUUUGUCACCUGGGUGGACUCCUCGAAGAUCAAACAGCAUGUCAUGAAUUAUAAUGAGGAGAGGGACGACUUUGAUCUGACGGCAUAAGUCUGCUUACUGUCACCCAGUGGGAAUCUCCCACCAGCGUGGACACUGGAGAAAGAAUGGGCUCUAAUCUCCUUAAAAACUUACAAAAGCAAAGCACCCUGCUCAGUAAAGACACUAAAUAUCAGAAAACUGAGCUGAACUGUGAUGUGAUGGGUGAUCAAAUAUGUGGAAACAGAAGCUGUAUAUUUUACAGUGUUUGGUGAUAAACUAGUUGUGCAGGUCAGGUUAUGACUGAUUAGCUACACACAGGUCAUAUGAAAGAUAGAUGCAGCCACAAGAUGUAAAACAUAAAGUGGAAGACCCUUCAAAAAAAAAAAAAAAAGCCCAAGAGUUGCUGGACCCCAACAACCUGAUGAGCUGCAGCUGCUUCCAUUCUGAUGAAUCUGAAGUAGGUAAAAAGGUUUAUAUUCGUGUUUGAUGCACAAACGAGAGAAUUACUUGGUUGCAAACAACAAAAUGUUCAGUUAACUGAAGGAAAAGACUAAACAUGCUAAAUAACUGUAAUGUUUAUAAAUAAAAAUAAAACUGUUUUGUUUA